AUGAACAUUCAUACACAUUUCGAAGAUUUAUCAAAUGAGAUUUUCUUCGAAAUAUUUGAUUAUUUACACGCACUUGAUGCUUUUACUUCAUUGAAUGAACGAUUUUUGUCUAUUCUACAAUCCAUUCGACUCCAUAUUAGCAUUUUAAACACAUAUUAUGACCGAGACAUUGAUUUUCUUUCAUCACAUCUCACUUUUCAUGCUCAUCAAGUCCUAUCACUAAAAUGUUAUGAUACAAUUCGUGAUCGUUCAUCUAUUAUUAGUUUACUAUUUCAACGACAUAAUUUUAUUAAUCUUCAAUCAUGUCAAUUUAUCUCAGACAAUCCAUCAACUGAAUUUGAUAAUGUUAUUAAACAAGUUGAAAGCUUGAAUAGACUUGUUUCUUUUUCUAUCGUACAACCAUCUACUGUAAAUAUUAGUGAGAAAAAGAAAUCGGAUAUAACUCGAACUGUAUUCAUGAGCAAAUCAUCUUCUCUUCAUUCAGUUAUGCUUCGUUAUAAUUAUGCUUACUUGGAUUUAUCAACUUAUACUUCAAUUGCUUCGAAUCUUAUAUCACUUGAUUUGUUAAUAUCUGGCUCAUCGAAUACAGUAUCAGUAUAUUCAAUUUUGCCAAUUCUUCGUGUUUGCCCUAGAAUACGAUAUCUCCAUGCCAUCAUAAAACAUGAAAUUCCAUCUGAAAAUAAUAAUGUAAAUGUUUCAAUUCAAGAAGCAUUUAUUAAUGAAAAUGAUCUUCCUAUAUCACCACAAGUGGCAUCCUUCGAAUUAUCGAUUUUCACUACGUGUGACACUCGCUCAAUCGCUUAUAUCUUACGUUGUUUGCCUAAUCUUCUUCAUUUUAAGUUUCUUCAUGAAUCGCCAGAAGUAGUCUAG